AUGUAUUUCUCAACUAUCCUCCCCUUGCUCUCGCUCACCACUCUCGCCUUCUCAACCCCAACCCCAAGCGACAACCUAGACUCAAGAGACAUACCAUACGGUGCCUUCCCAUCCUCAAGCUAUGGGACACCAUCCUCUACACAACUACCCACAUAUCGAAACCUGGGCCAUGCGAUAGUGCACAACAAGUGCUAUUUCCCCGUCUACAUCUGGUCCGUGGCCUCCACGGUCAGACCAAAGCGAACUAUCCUUCCAAAUGAUCGGUACAGUGAGGUUUUCCGCGAAAACCCCGAUACUGGCGGUAUCGCAAUCAAAAUCAGCACCAACCGUGACGGACUGUACAACAGUUCUCCGCAGAUGAUCUUUGCGUACAACCUUUCCUCUGCAAAGGAACGGGGUCAGAGACAGGAUAAAGUGUGGUAUGAUCUGUCUGAUGUCUUUGGAGAUCCAUUUGUGGGCUACUCGGUGAAUCUUGCGCCUGCUGAGCCUUCGAUUUAUUGGAAGGAUGGGGUUCCUCCUGCUGGUAGUCAGGUUAGGGCUGUUGAUUCUGCGACGGAUUUGGUCUUGACGCUUUGCUAG